AUGGGUGUCGGUCGUCGCAUGAAGAAGCAAGGUCCGCCUGAACCAUUGGACGAAUCUCUCGUUACACGGAAGCGAAAGGAUGCGCCGCCUGCUGCGGUCCCCGAGCGAACGAAGAGGAGCAGGACAGAUGCGAGGGAGAAGAAGGCUCUCAAGGCACCAGUGCCAGCGCCGAAAUCAAAGAAAGCUCCUGCGGUCAAUGGGGCAAAGACGCGAGUAAACGGAAAGCCCGUGAAGAAAUUUGCGCCUGCACCGGCUGAAGACGACGACGAUGUCAUGUCCGAUAGCGCAGAAGAUGUCGAGAUGGCAAAUGUUAAAGUCACUGGACUAGACGCGCUGGGCAGUGCAUCGGAAGAUGAGGAGGACAUCGAGCUCGACGAUGACGACUUUGCAGACUCUGGUUCGGACAUCAUGGACUCAGACGAUGAGAUCAAGAAGGUUGGCAUGUGGUCAGAUGAGGAAGACGAGGACGACGUUGAGGAGAAGCUCACGGCAGCAAACAUUGAGGGUCUGUCGCGGAAGCUCGAUAUGCAAAAGGCAGUGGAGGAAGCAGAGGCAGCCGCUGAACUCGAGGAGGCGAACCUACAGACGAACAUCGCUGGAGAGCGACCAAAGGUCCUUGAUGACGUGGAUGAGGAGGGCCGCCCGAUCACAAACCUUGUCACGCAAGACGUGCAGCUCCUGCGAACACGACUGAACGACACAGUCCGAGUGUUGGACGACUUCAAGAACCUUGCAGAACCCGGUCGAUCAAGGACAGAAUACAGGGCGCAGAUGUUGAAGGAUAUCUGCGCAUACUACGGCUACUCGGAGUUCCUCGCUGACAAGCUGCUCAACCUCUUCCCUGCUCGCGAAGCUUUCGCCUUCUUCGAAGCCAACGAGACACCCCGACCCAUCGUGAUCCGCACAAACACCCUCCGCACACAUCGAAGAGAACUUGCGCAGUCGCUCAUCAACCGUGGCGUACAGCUUGAGCCUGUCGGAAAAUGGUCAAAGGUCGGUCUGCAGAUCUUCGAGUCGCAAGUGCCUCUGGGUGCCACACCCGAAUAUCUUGCUGGUCACUACAUCCUUCAAGCAGCCUCUUCGUUCUUGCCCGUCAUGGCUCUUGCGCCCCAAGAGCAUGAGCGUGUGCUCGAUAUGACUGCUGCGCCCGGUGGUAAGACGACGCAUAUUGCUGCUCUGAUGAAGAACACCGGCUGCAUAUUCGCCAACGAUGCAAACAAGGAUCGUGCGAAGGGUCUGAUCGGUAACAUCCAUCGUCUGGGUGUCAGGAACAGCGUCGUAUGCCAUUACUCUGCACUCGAGUUCCCCAGGGUCAUGGGUGGCUUUGACCGCGUCCUGCUCGAUGCGCCCUGCUCAGGUACCGGUGUCAUCGCAAAGGAUGCCAGUGUCAAGACAAACAAAACCGAGGCCGAUUUCAUGAAGCUCCCCCAUCUGCAGAAGCAGCUUAUUCUGUCCGCCAUCGACUCUGUGGACCACCAUAGCAAGACUGGUGGAUACAUUGUCUACUCUACCUGUUCGGUUACCGUUGAGGAGAACGAGCAGGUCAUCCAGUAUGCGCUGAACAAGAGGCCGAACGUCAAGCUCGUGGAGACCGGCUUGACUUUCGGUAAGGAGGGUUUCACAAACAUUGCUGGAAAGGUACGCUACUAUCCCCACACCUACAACGUCGACGGCUUCUUCGUCGCAAAGUUCAAAAAGAUCGGCCCCACGCCCGCGAACGCAGUUGGCGUCAACGAGUCCACCAGCAACAAGAAGCAGAAGCCAUCAGACAGCUCUAUCCCAGUCGAAGUCGUGGACAAGACACCGAUUGGUGAGGACGAGGAAGAGUCCGACUUUGGCGGUUUCGACGACGACGAGGAUGAGAUGUACAUGAAACGUGCCCAGGCAAAGACCAUGCGCAGGAAGGGCAAAGAUCCCAAGGCUGCACCACCCAAGUCACCACAGUCGAACGGUGUUGCAAAGGAGAAGAAUGAGAAGGUGCAGCAGAACGGAGAUGCCACGACGGAGGACGAGACGCCCGUGAAGGCAAAGAAAGAGAAGAAGGCCAAGGAGGCGCCCGUUGUUGCUGAGGUUAAGGUCACCACCGCUACCGGUGCGGGCAAGAAUGGGGUUGAGGUCGAGUCGAAGUCAAGGAGAAAGGGUGGAAAGAAGGCAGGUAAGGCGGGCAAGGCGCAGUAA